AAAGGGACAGAGAGCACCUUCUGCAUUUCCUCACUGUGGGGCUGACGUGCAAGCGGCAGAUCUUUGGAAGGCUGGUCACGAUGCAGGUGCUUCUCCGGUGCAGUCGGCUGGGCCUGGCUCUCGCCCUCAUCUUCAUUGUGGACUCUUCAGUUCAAGGUUUACCUGUGUGGAGGGCCAGCUACCAGAGGGUCCGCUGUAAUCCCGACAGCACUUCUGCAAACUGCAUUGAGGAAAAGGGACCGCUGUUCGACCAACUUCUAGGCCAAUUCAACAGAAUCCUCCCACCCAGGACUGACCCUUUUCUAACGACGAGAUUCCAGGACUUGAAUGAUGUCUUCCCUCUUUCUGAGGAGUAUUCUGGCUCAGGCUCAGGCUCUGACUCUGGCUCAGGAUCUGGUGGUGGCUCUGAAGAUGGCUUCCUAAAUGAAAUUGAGGCUGACUACAAACCAGCAAUUGAUUUUUCCUCCAACUUUCAGCCUAUGCCUACAGAUGACCUGGACUUGGGGCGAGAUGGACCAGAACAGAAUUUUAUCAUAUAAAAGAGAGGGUAUCCCACCUUGAUACCAGCCAAUGCAUUCAGUAUAUUUUGUGUAGCACAGUUCAAUGAUUAAUUUUGGCACAAAAGGUUUUAUAGAAGUUUUAAAACAUCUGAAAAAGAAGUUUAAGUUUUAUCAACUUUUUCCCCCCUCAUGAAUCAUUAAAGCCUCCUUCACCUGUAUUGUCUUAGAAAAUAUUUGCACUUUCUUUAUAUUAUAUUCAUUCAAUGUUGCUAUGAAUUCAUUAGAUUCCUUGUGUUUAUAAAAUUGCUUUACAGAAUAAAUUAUACUGUUUUUCUUUUUAAAAAUGAGUUUGAGAAGCAAAUUGACAGGCAAUGUUUCAUACCUAAGGCUUCAGAAACCUGACUUUGAUCGUGAAUUAUAGAUAAGCCCCUUUUUAAGUAAAAAAACACACAAAAAAACACACACAAAACCAACAAACAAACGGAUGAAACAUAGUGAAUUUAAAGAGUGGGUUUUUGGCAUGUUUUACAGUGUAAAGGGUACAGCCCUAGUAUUACCAUUGGGUGAGUUUGCAGAGCUGCUGGACAUGGUUUGUUUAUGAGCAUGAUUGCUGUUUCAGUUAUAAACUUAAGACCCAAAGUAAAGCACAGCUGUGCUCUCCAUACCUCAUACUACUUUAUCUUCCCCCCUGGAUACCUGUGUGUUUCCCAAUGUUCUAUUAAAGCAUAAGUAUAAUCAAA